UGAGAAGGGAGUACUUGCUAAACCCAUGAUACUAUGGGUCAGCAGAAAUACGAGGCUGUUUGCCUGAAGAAGUGAUUUAAUCCACUGCAGGCAGAUGACCAACACCAGUUGCUGGCUGCUUUCUAUGCCUACCAGCUUAUAUGCUCUGACUGACUUCUCAAACAAACUUCACCUUUUCUAGCUGUUAUUGGCACAGUAACUGAUCAUUAAUAAGAAAAGGGGAGACAGGACAUUGAAUUGUGUUCUUCUGUUGUCUUUUUGACCGCAAUAAACAGUGCCAGCAUUUCUUAAAACUGAACAAGGAGAAAGGGAAAAGAAGGAAGAAAACAGGAGCACCUUUUUACUUUGGAAUCCCAGGUUUUGGCUGGACCAGGGACAUUAAAUACAAUCCAAUUCCCUGUGAAAUAAAUAAAUAAAAGCAGUAAAGAAAGGUUGGAGACACCAGAAUACUUAGGCAGGAGAACAACAAGCAGAAUUAAAGGUUCAGGUCAGACAACGUUCGACAGGAAGGAGCAAGAGUCGCAAGCAAAUCAGAGAGAGAGAAACAUCCAAGUCGGCCACACAAAUCAAGAAUCCCUCAACUGAAAUAAUGCAUUGUAAUUACCUCCACUCAUUUGUUCUAAGCCUGGUUCGCAGAAAAAAUGUUUCUCUAGACAGCCCAGAAGAAUCAAAGUUAUGUCGAUGCUUAUCCACAAUAGAUUUGAUUGCCUUAGGAGUAGGCAGCACACUUGGAGCUGGUGUUUACGUACUUGCAGGGGAAGUAGCCAAGGGAGAUUCUGGACCCAGCAUUAUUAUCUCCUUUCUAAUAGCUGCAUUGGCAUCAGUGAUGGCAGGUCUCUGCUAUGCUGAGUUUGGUGCCAGAGUGCCGAAGACUGGCUCUGCUUACUUGUACAGCUAUGUGACCGUUGGUGAAUUUCUCGCAUUUAUUACUGGAUGGAACCUCAUUCUCUCCUAUGUUAUAGGGACCUCAAGUGUGGCCAGAGCUUGGAGUGGCACUUUUGAUGAGCUGCUUGAGAAAAAGAUUGGUGAUUUCUUUGGCUCAUAUUUCAGAAUGCAUUCACCAGGAUUAGCAGAAUAUCCAGACUUCUUUGCAGUUUUCCUGAUAUUGUUACUGGCAGGUCUGUUGUCUUUUGGAGUAAAGGAAUCAGCAUGGGUGAACAAAAUCUUCACAGCUAUUAAUAUCCUGGUACUCACCUUUGUCAUUAUUACUGGAUUUGUAAAAGGAGAUAUUGGGAACUGGGAAAUCAGCGAAGGCUACCUCAUCAACAUUACUGCCAUUGCAAAAAACCUUUCAUCCAAUGUCAAUGUUUCCAGUGCCUAUGGAGCUGGAGGGUUUAUGCCAUACGGUUUUGCUGGAACGUUAGCUGGAGCAGCAACAUGCUUCUAUGCCUUUGUUGGCUUUGACUGUAUUGCAACAACAGGUGAGGAAGUGAAGAAUCCUCAGAAAGCCAUACCUAUAGGAAUUGUCACCUCCUUGCUUGUCUGCUUUCUGGCUUACUUUGGGGUCUCAGCUGCACUGACCCUAAUGAUGCCCUACUUUCUUCUGGAUGAAAAGAGCCCCCUCCCAGUUGCUUUUGAAUAUGUUGGUUGGGGUCUGGCAAAGUACGUUGUAGCUGUUGGCUCCCUCUGUGCACUCUCAACAAGCCUUCUCGGCUCUAUGUUUCCCUUACCCAGAAUUCUGUUUGCCAUGGCACGAGAUGGUUUACUAUUUAAUUUUCUUGCCAAAGUGAGUAAGCGGCAGACGCCAGUAGCUGCCACACUGACAGCAGGGGUCAUUUCUGCUGUAAUGGCAUUUCUGUUUGAUCUGAAAGCUCUUGUAGACAUGAUGUCCAUUGGAACACUUCUUGCAUAUUCCCUUGUAGCAGCAUGUGUUCUUAUUCUUAGAUACCAGCCUGUUUCUGCCUAUGAAAAGCCUAGAUGUUCUCCAGAGAAAGAGAAGCUUACGGCUGCUGACAGAGAAAUGCAUGAAAUACACGAUUCACAGAUCAGCAUGAUAAAAAGUGAACGUUUCACGUUUCAUUCAGUGCUCCAUCCCUCCAUGCUGCCUACCAAGCAGUCGUCAUAUGUAGUAACCUUAUUAGUGGGAAUCUUAGCUUCUUUGAUAUGUGCCAUCAGUGUACUAAUAACAUAUGGUGGUCAUGCAAUCCUGGCCGGUAAACCCUGGAGUAUUGGACUCCUUGCCAUCUUCCUGCUGCUCUUCACAGCUGCAGUCUUCAUAAUCUGGAGGCAGCCUCAGUCGCAGGACACUGUUGCUUUUAUGGUACCGCUGUUGCCAGUGCUGCCAGUUGUCAGUAUCCUUGUAAAUGUGUAUCUUAUGGUGCAGUUAAGUAGUGGUACAUGGAUUCGGUUUGCUAUCUGGAUGGCUAUAGGUUUCCUGAUUUACUUUGGUUAUGGCAUUUGGCACAGUGUAGAAGGCCACCGCAGUGAUGAUGAUGAUGAUGACUACUCACAACACGAUGAAAUGGAAAAUAAGAGUUGUGAUGCUAUAGCAGAAGAGGAUGUGUCAGAUGAAAAGGAUCAGUUCCUACCUCCCGAAAAGACAAGUGAAUGCUGAAAUAUUGAGAUGUCAGCAGAAUAUCUCUGCAGCAUUAUGUUUACUUAUGAAAGCUGUGACCUCAAAUAGUACCCAGUGGUUGGAAUAAACCAGCACAGGCCCAAGCUGCUAUUUGCCAACUAUCAAUUUUUUUCAGUUUACAGUCAGCUCUGUGAGGGAUAGAAUGUCAGUUGAAGUACUUUUGUCAAAAAAAAGUCUGCUGUGGCUUCUGGUUCACUGACUGUUACAUGUCAAGGCUGUGAAACUUUUAUCAACUAAAAAUCAUACAUAAAAAAUAAGAACCGUUAGCAGGCAUGCAGUGUUGUGUAGCUUGUUCAAAGCUUUUGUUAUUUGUUUAGCUGUCAGGGCAGGAAUGUGGUAAACAGUAGCAUAUUUGUCAUAUGCUGCAAAUCCAUUAGAUUAUAAUACAGUAGAGAUUAUAAUGGUGUAUAAAGGUGUAUGACCUGUAGAAAAUGAAGAGUGAGCAGACUAAACUGUGACACAUGCAUGCACACACACCAUCAGGUUUACAUGUGCAUACUCACACACACACACACACACACAUGCGUGUGUGAGCUCACAUGCACACAGGUAGACUUAAAUCAGUAAAAGAUUCUUUCUCUUUACCCUGAAUAUUGCUCUGUGAUGUGCUGACAAGCCUUAGGGGCAUAAAUUCCAAUCCUUUCAUUUUGUGGUUUGAUAGGAUUUAUAUAUAAUAUUAAUUUAUGAAACUAGGAUCUUAUGAUGUCAUAUCAACAGUUCUGUACUGAGUUGGGGAGAGCAGGUCUAAUUCUAAAAAUUCGUAUAUAGCAGUUACGUUGUCUAAAGCAUUAAGCAUGUAUUAACUAAAGUAAAGAAGAUAUCGUAAUGAAAACGACUUUGUAAAAGGCAUAUUUGAAAUAUGUUUUCAACGUUUAAAAAUGGUGAAACAGUUUUUUUCAGUGUUAUAGUUCUUUCCCUCCUUUACCCACUUUGUAAGACCUCACACAAUGGAAGCCUUCUGCUCACACUAGCCAGUUACAUUUAAUGGUCCCCUGGGCUUCUUCUUAGGUGGUGUCCAUGUAGCCUUUUUCACACACGCACACUUACUUAUGAUUAUCACACAGAUUCUUGGGCGAUUUCAUGCUUUAUGCAUGUUUUUUCAUAGGUCCAUAUCCUUGAAUUUUGGCAAACAAUUUUUCUCUUACUGCUCAGUAAUGUAUAGGAUUCAGCCCUGUCCUACCGUUAUGAGCACUCCUGCCAGAUCAGAAAACACCAGUUAAUAUCACAGAGCCCAUUAGAAGACUGGCCAUCUCAUGUUCUCCAACAGAAAAUGAUCAAUGUAGGUUCAUUCCAAGUCAAUUCCCACUUCACAGACAGAAAGUAAAGGUGGAGUUCUCCUAAGGAUGCACAGCCUUUCCGCCUUCUACAGACCACCUGUCUUUAGAAGUGCAGCCUGACGCCCCCUUCUCUGCCAGAAGGUUUACUAAUAAAACAGAAACCUUUCAUUUAUGAUGGAGAACUUGUUACCUCUGGAUCCAUUCUUCUUUCUGUAGUUCUCAUUACUGUUCCUGGUAAUAAAGGCAGUAUAGCAUGGUGGAUAAGUUACUGGGAUAGGCACGCAAAACUCCUUGAUGCAAGUCCCAACCACUUUCACAGGAGAAGGAGUCUACCAUUGACUAUUUACUAAAGAAGCUCAUACAUUAUUCUCUUAGACUUUCUAAAGCUCUGUACAUCCUGAAUGUAAACCUGAUCUAUCAUCAACACAUGAACAAUACAUGCAGCCAGUCUGAGUAUAACUGGUCACUCCACUACUGAGGAUGGGACUUCUGCAGCCAGAAGUAAUUCAUACAUUCAGCAGCAAAUUGAGUUGCAUGCUUGGUCAUAGGGAAAGCUGUGGGUUAGCACUGGUGGCAGGUCCAUAUUGCUGGAUCAUUGAAUCUAACUCUUUAUAGCAAAAAUAGCUUUACAGCCUCAUCUUUUAAUGUGCUUUAAGUGCUGCAUCACCAACAUUUUCAAAAACAAAACAAAAAAAAAUAUAUAUGUUUGCAAUAAAAUACAUAAUUCUAACUUUUAAGGCUGUUAGUUUUGAAACGCAUUUAAGCUUGCAGUCACCAUUAUAAUAAACAAUUAUUAGGCUUCAGAAAGCUUACCCAGAGCUUGUGGAAAUUGCUGCAGCCAAAAUUAACAGUUUCCAUGAUCAUGGGAAAUGGGAUUCAGAGGCACAUUAGCCACAAUGAGGAAAGACCUCAUUAUUACGCAAUUUGCAUGCCUGUGAAUCACAUGGUGUUACCUCUAGUGCUAGUAUUUCCCUAUGGUAAUCACCUCUGGUGGCUCAUGCAUCAUGUUGGCACAGGUACUUCCCUCAUGCAGUCACACACACACACACACAUACACACACACACACACACACACACACACACACACACACACACACACACACACACACAUUGCCUUAUCUCUUACUUGUCCCUGAGUUUACAGAAAGUACCUUUUGUAGCCUCUUAUUUUUUUCCCUGAUUUUCGUAAGUCAUUGUUAAAUACAGUCAAUAAUGCCAGACAUUAGAGUUUUGUUCUUCUUGUUCAUAAACUGUGAUGCUAGACCUGUCGUUUUAUUAACUUUUUAAGUGACUGAGAAACUACCGCUGGUGUUGUCUUGUGUUCCUCUUGGCUUUGUCCAGAUGUGCUGAGCAUGAACUUUAAGAGGUAUGGCAGCUCCCAUCACACAGAUACACCCCAUCUUUCCUGGCUGCUCCUGAUUGUAUAGAAUACAGAUUUGCUCUGUUCCUCAUAGCUUGUGGACUAUUAAGAGUCAGUCAGUAAUGUCAGACAUUAGAGUCUCUUACUUGCUUUUGUUCAUAAAAUCCAUCAGCAUGCAAAACAUGUUACUGUAUGAAGUCAACGGGUAGUGCAACGGGCUAAAGCUCUUCUUUGUUAAUGAGCUGCUUUCUGUGCCAAGGGUAGAGGGUUCAGUGUUUUAACUUAAGUAUUGCAGGGUAAUAUUUAAAUAGCAUUUCUGAUGUCUAGUGUUUGUACAGAGGACUAAAACUACGUCUUGUGUACAAGCUGUUUUCUGUGUCAAAGGUACAGGGCUUGAAACUAACUUUUUAAACUGACUUAGUGUAAUAUCUAUUGAGGGUCCCUGGUGUCCAGUGUCUCCCUAUAUGUUUUUCAUAUUGUAAAAUCUCCCUUUUAUCUAUUAUUUUUAAGUAACUAAGGGUAACAUUUAAAACUCCCUGGUGUCUAGAGUCCCCCCCCCCCCAGUCUUUUUAGAGAUGUUCAUCGUGUUACCCUGCUGCAGUCAUCACACUUGGGUUA